AUGGGAGACUGGAACUUCCUUGGGGGGAUCUUGGAGGAGGUGCAUAUCCACUCCACCAUGGUCGGCAAGAUCUGGCUGACCAUCCUCUUCAUAUUUCGGAUGUUGGUGCUCGGCGUCGCAGCUGAAGACGUGUGGAACGACGAGCAGUCAGACUUCGUCUGCAACACCGACCAGCCUGGCUGCCGCAACGUCUGCUACGACCAGGCCUUCCCCAUCUCCCUCAUCCGCUACUGGGUGCUGCAGGUUAUCUUCGUGUCAUCGCCCUCGCUGGUCUACAUGGGUCAUGCCAUCUACCAGCUACGAGCUCUGGAGAAGGAGCGCCACUGCAAGAAGGUGGCCCUCCGUCGGGAGCUGGAGGCGGUGGACGUGGAGAUGGUGGAGAUACGGAGGAGGAUUGAGAAGGAGAUGAAGCAGCUGGAGCAGGGGAAGCUCAACAAAGCUCCACUGAGGGGCUCUCUGUUGUGCACUUAUCUGGUCCACAUAGUGACUCGCUCAGUAGUGGAGGUCAGCUUCAUGGUGUGUCAGUACAUCCUCUAUGGGCACCGCCUGAACCCUCUUUUCAAGUGUGAAAGGGAGCCAUGUCCAAAUGUGGUGGACUGCUUCGUCUCUAGGCCCACUGAGAAAACUGUUUUCAUGGUGUUCAUGCAGGGGAUCGCCUGCAUCUCCCUCUUUCUCAGCCUUCUUGAGAUCAUGCACCUGGCAUACAAGAGGGUUAAAAAAGGCAUCCUGAGCUACUACCCACACCUGAAAGCUGAUCUUGAUGAUUAUUAUGUUGACAAGUCAAAAAAGAACUCAGUUGUGCAGCAGGUUUGCAUGGGCACUUCUGUGGGUCGCAAGAAUACUAUCCCCACAGCACCAUGUGGAUACACAUUACUGUUGGAGAAGCAGGGCAACGGACCCACCUACCCUCUACUUAAUGCCUCCUCUGCCUUUGUCCCUAUAAAAGGGGACCCUGGUACAAAGCCAGACAGCCACAAGGACAGCAAGGAAGGAGUGGCAAGCCCAACAGAGCAAACUGGCAACACAAGCAGCGAGACACGUUCCCCUCCUGUGGACAAACAGGACGAACCAGAGGACCAAUCCUCUCCUCAUCAUGAGGACAUGGAGUGUGCCAGCUCUGAGUACCCCACCCUCCCUGUGGCAAACACCUCCUCCUGCACAACACUGUCAGGCAUUGUGAGGAAGUCACGGCGGGUCAGCCCACCAUGGAACUGCUCCACUCUGGUAGAGGGGAAUGGCUCGGACAGUGGGGACUCCUACCACGGCAACAACAGCGUGAAGCUACGCAGCAGCUGUGUUGGACCCCGAGCGAGGGUGCUCUCUAAAUCAGACAUUAAGAGGCCGAGCAGGUCUCAGAGUCCAGACUCUGCAGGGGAGCUGAGCUCAGUAUCUCGACACAGCCGGGAGAGUAACAGCCCCACUGCCUCCUCUCCAAACCGCAGAGUGUCAGCGGCAAGCAGUGCCAGCAGCAGACGAGCUCCAACUGAUCUGCAGAUAUAAACAGACCGUAUGCUCCUAACAUAUAAUCUCUCAAUAUGCAUGUUUGGGUGCAAGUUAUACGAACACUUUAUU